AUGGAUCCAGUCGCCGGCACGGCGGGGUAUCGGGGACCAGCGGAAGUGCGCGCCCGCGCGCCCGGCAAGAUCAUCCUCGCGGGCGAGCACGCCGUCGUCCACGGCUCCGCCGCCGUCGCCGCCGCCAUCGAUCUCUACACCCGCUCCUCCCUCCUCCUCCGCCCCACAGGAGAGGGUGGCGGCGCUGACUCCGGCGCGGUGGAGCUGUACCUCAGGGACUCGGGCCUCACCUUCUCGUGGCCGUGCUCGCGCCUCCGCGGGGCGCUAGGGGAGGAGAUCAGCGCCAACCCCGGGGCUCCGGCGCCGUGCUCCCCUGACCAGCUGGCCGCCAUUGCCAGGCUCUUGGAGGACCAGGAGAUCCCUGAGGCCAAGAUCUGGCUCUCCGCCGGCCUCUCCGCCUUCCUUUUCCUCUACACCUCCAUUCUGGGAUGCAGGGCUGGCAAGGCAGUCGUGACCUCGGACCUGCCCAUGGGCGCAGGGCUCGGCUCUUCGGCUGCAUUCUGUGUGUCCAUGUCGGGGGUGCUAUUGACGGCUGCUGGCGCAGUCAGUGUUGGAGCACAUAGGGGUGCUGAGGGGUGGGAGGUGUUGAAGAAGGGUGAUCUUGAGCUGGUCAACCAGUGGGCGUUCCAAGGGGAAAAGAUCAUUCAUGGCAAGCCUUCUGGCAUCGACAAUUCUGUCAGCACUUUUGGGAAAAUGAUCAAAUUCAAGAAGGGGGAACUGACAAACCUCGAGUCCAGGAACCCAGUCAAAAUGCUUAUUACUGAUACAAGAGUUGGUAGGAACACAAAGGCCCUGGUUGCUGGUGUGUCUGAAAGAGCAUCUAGGCAUCCAGAUGCUAUGGCUUCUGUCUUCCAUGCAGUGAACUCUAUUAGUGAAGAGCUUUCAAGCAUUGUUGAAUUAGCAGCCGAGGAUGAGAUAGCCAUCACCUCUAAGGAGGAUAAGCUAGCAGAGCUGAUGGAGAUGAACCAAGGUUUGCUUCAGUGCAUGGGAGUCAGCCAUUCUUCUAUAGAAACUGUGUUGCGAACCACUCUGAAAUAUAGCCUGGUUUCAAAGCUAACUGGAGCUGGUGGUGGUGGCUGUGUGUUGACUCUAAUACCGACAUUAUCGGCCAAUAUUGUUCUGGAGAAAGUCAUCACAGAGCUCGAAUCUCAUGGUUAUCGCUGCUUCAAAGUUGAAGUUGGUGGGCGAGGUCUCCAAGUAUUCCGAGGAUAA